AUGCCGGAGCUGGCCCGCCGAUGUAUGCAGCCAGGGAGAGAGGUGAUCGUCCGCUACGACACCGAGCGCCGCCUGUGGCAUCGACGGACGCUGAUAGAGCCGUGCGACGCGGCGGUGCUGGCCCGCGUGAUGGGCGAGCCAGCGGGCGACCCUUCCGCUCUCAUCAUGUGGGCGUGGACGCCGACCGGGGGCAUCUACCCGGAGGAGCUGAGCGUGCCGUGCGAUCUCGAGGGGGCGCCGCUGUUGGAGGCCUGCCUGGGUCCUCCAUCUCAUUGGGGGCGGCUGUUCGAGUCUGGACAGGUCCUUCGGCCAGCGCAGUACGAGAGAGCUCGAGCGGUCUGUCGAGCACAGAAUCGUGGUCAAGUGGCUCCGGCUCCGGACGCAGAGCCUCUUCUGGACGACGACGGUGAGCCGGUCGACGGUGGCGGUGCCCUCGCGCCCGUGGGCGCACCAGCUGUCGGCGGCACCUUGACGCCGCAUUCCCCGCCCGCCUUCGCCCCGGAGGACGUCAGGAUUCUCAAGAUCGCCGAUGAGCUCGGGGUCACUUUCGGAGGAGGCCGCCUUCCUGCCCCGGACGGCCGCUGGGUCGACGUCAGCUCCGCCAACGUUCUGGCCCUCGACUCGCCAAGUGGGGGCGCCUGGGUCGUCGGCCCGGAGUUCGGCAUGCUGCUGAAGGACGGCUCGCUGCGGCUCAUCGCGGACCGCGGUGCGGGGCCGGUCGACCCUGGCGACGACGGCGGGGAGGCGGAGCUCGACGCGCGCAUCCUGGAGGUGUCGCGAGACCGGCUGGGCAAGCGGUUCAAGGACUUCAAGAUCGCUGUCGACCUGGUCACGGAGACUGCGUGGGAUUCAUGGCCCCUGACGGGGCCGCGGACUACAAAGUGGCGUUUGCAGUUUAUUCUUCAAACUAAUGGUCACCCGAGGGCUCGUCAUUCGUGGUGGAAGUCGACGUGCGGGAUCUCUAUUGCGGACCCUGGAGUUUCAGAUCAUGAAACAGCGAUGAAGGCCGUGGAGUACGCCCUGACCUACGACCAGGUCAACGCCGCUGAACUAUCCUUCGUGGAGCUUCUCCUGCGGCGGGCGCAUCUGGCCGAGUGCCGCUACAAGCGCAAGCUGCUGAGGGCGGGCGGCCAGGCGCGUGGGCAGCUGAUGCUCUGUCCGCUGUUGGAAGAGUUCGUGGCGUCGGAGCUCCACCGCGAGAGCACGAUCGCGAAGGAGUCGAGGAAGCUGAACGAGGAGAGGAGGCUACAGGCUGCUCAGGCUUCUCAUGUCCAGCGACCCCUCGUGGAUGCUGCGGCUGGCCUCCUGACGUCCCCGCCGGACGGCCCCGGGGGCAAGGGCGAGACUAAGGCUGAGCGAGCUGCCGAGCGAGCCGCCGCCAAGGCGCACGCGAAGGGCCUGGACAAGGCCACCGCGGCGGGCAAGGCUUGGGUUAAUUCGGCGGUGGAGUGCUUGAACGAGAUGUACGGCUGCCCCAUUAAUGCUCCACCUGGUCUGGGAGAUUCACUCGCUCAGCGCUGGAGUGUCGAGAUCCUCGCCGACGUCUAUCGGGCCAUGCCCCCGCCUCCCUGCGCCGCCGCGCAAGCCCUCAGCGAGCUUGGCGGCAGCCGCCCGGGCUACGCGGACAGCGACCCUAGGCGCAACUUCCAGCCUGACCUAGUCUCCUUGCCCACGGUGGGCGGCCUGGCGGACGGCGAGCAGGUGCUGUCCGGUCAGGCUCUUGAACGCUGGAGGUCUGUUUCGACUACUUUGCGGCCAGAGUCCUCUGGCAGCUCAACUUCGGCUAAUGCCUCAAUUCGCCCGUGCAGCGACCCUUCUCUGGUCAAGGACCAGGUGCGGUACAGUAACUUCGUCAUGCAAAUGCUGGAGGCCGGUCUGGUCACCAUACGUGCCGAGCGCCCUGCUGCGGUUGGCAUCGUCUUCGCGGCGAAGAAGGACGGGCGCCUGCGCGUGAUUUUGGAGACCAGAGCGGUCAACGACCUCUUCGACGAGCCGGCGCACUCGCGCCUGCCAACUCCUGCGUCAUGCGCCUCCGUCGAGAUCGGGCUCACGGACGACCUCAUCCUGUCCCAGAUGGACGUCGACAACGCCUUCUACCGCUGCAAGGCGCCGCCCGGCGUCUCGGACCUUCUUGCGCUGCCCCGGGCUUCUGCUCGGCACCUUCAUCGAGCCAGCGGGAAGUUGGCGACCAAUCUUGGCGUGACCGCGACCGGUUACGUCACGCUUCACCUUGAGGUCAUGGCCAUGGGCUGGUCGUGGGCUCUUUACUUCUGCCGGGCGAUGGCGACGGCCAGCGCGCUCCGCGCGGGCGUGCCGUCGGAGGCCUUCUUGCUUGACAAGAAGCCCGCGCCCGACGUCGCUGGCGACAAGUUCGGGGCGGCGGUCUACGUCGACAACGCGGGGGUCAUCGGCACCAACGACGACGUCGUCAGGGGCAUGGCCAAGAAGCUCCUGCGCCCAGCCCAGUUCACGGGCAUGACGCUCGACCGGGCCACCGGGCGUAUUUCAGUCGGCCACCGCCGUUGCUGGAAGGUGCGCCUCGCCAUCGCGGCCAUCCUCGCGGACGGGUUCGUCUCGGGGAAGCAUGCCGCACUCGAUCUACCGCUUGGCGACUCGCGCAUCAAGAUCUGGCCCGUGGUAGCCCGGGAGCUCCGUUGGAUGAUGGUGCUGCUGCCUCUGGCCUACACGGACAGCAAGAGGCCUUGGAGCACGCAGGUCGUUGCGACGGACUCCGAGGGCGCCAACGUCACGGACAACGGGGGGUUCGGUAUUGUGGUGAAGCCCUUCGACCUCCAUGCAGUGAGAGAGUGGGGCCGGCAGAGCGAGCGCUGGAGGUUCGCAGUCGAGGGCGCUGUGCAGGCCCGCCGCCGCGCCUUGGCUUCCGAUGCGGAGCCGUCGGGCGCGCCGCGCCCGUGCGAGGGGGCGCUGCCAGAUGAGCUCCCUCCCGAGCUCAUGGACAUCCGGCGCGAAGGCCCGGAAGUGCGUGCCUCGCUCCAGGCUGCUGUCGAGGCGCUCGCCCGAGCCAGCGGCGACCCAGACGCCCCGCCCGAGUUCGACGACGGGCUUUGGCGUCCGGGCGGCGGGCCCUACACGUUGUGGCCAUCAAGCACUUGGCCCGAUUGGGUUGACGACGGAGGCUUCGAGGACUUCGAUUCGGAUAGCGACGACUCGGAGGACGAAGCUUCGAGGGCGCGCAGUUUAGGCCAGUACUUCUUGGAGGUGAACAAGGUGACGCGUCCUUCUGCCAUGAUGUACGACAGGUACUUUCAGGACUUCCAGACCUGGGCCAGCAGCAACGGCCUGCCGCUGAACGCCAGCGAGGACAUCUCCCUCGCGAUGCUCGAGUACCUGGAGGACCUUUACUUCCAGGGCCACAACCACGACUCGGGCGAGAAGGUGAUCGCGGCGCUGGAGUACAGGGCCCCGGGCAUCCGCAGCGCGAAGGUCCUCGAGCGGGCCAAGAAAGCGCUGAAGGGCUUCAGGAGGCUGGCUCCCGGUCUCAGCCGGGCGCCUCUGCCGUGGAUCGGCCUGUGUGCCCUAGUGGGCGCGGCUCUACACAUCAACGAGCUGGAGUUCGCGCAGUGCCUGGUGUUCCUGUUCCGGACGUACCUGAGGCCCAGCGAGUGCCUGGGGCUGCGAGUGGAUCAGCUCAUUCCCCCGCUCCCCGGUUCGGGGACCAAGUUCUGGGCGCUGCUGCUGGCGCCCGAGGAAGAGGCCACCCCCACGAAGACCAAGGAGUUCGACGAGAGCAUCCUGCUGGACAGUCCCGAGCUGGUCUGCCUCUACCCGCGCUUCUCAACCUUGAAGAAGCGCUCAGGCCGGGACAAGGUGUGGUCCUUCGACUAUCGGAAGUUCUCGAGCCUGUUCAAGCGCGUGUCGGAGGCGGCGGGCCUGGGCCAGGCCAACUUCCACCCGUGCAUGAUGUGGCACGGGGGCGCCAGCGACGACGCGCUCAGGCAGACCCGCUCCUUGGAGGAGAUCAAGCGCCGCGGCCGCUGGGCCGCGGACACAUCAGUCAAGAGGUGCGAGAAGCAUGCAAGAGUUCUGAAGUCGCUGGAGUGCCUGCCCAAGCCGGUGCGGGACUACGGCCUGGCCAUCGAGUGCCAGCUGAAGCUGCUGCUGGCCCUGCAGGCCAAGCCGCCUCCGCCGCCCGGACUGGGCAGGAAGCGCCUGCACGGGAAGGGGUAA